AUGGUUUCGGUCUGGGCCAUCUUGUUCGUAUUCUCCAAGGUCAUCGAGUUGGGAGACACAGCGUUCAUCGUCCUCCGGAAGCAGUCUUUCCUCUUCCGCCACUGGUACCAUCACAUCACAGUGCUCCUGUACACAUGGUAUUCCUGUGCGCAGUUAGUCCCCACGGCCCGCUUCUUCAUCAUCCUAAAUGCUCUAGCCCACACCUUCACGUAUCCAUACUACACCGCACGAGCAGCGAAGGUCCACGUCCCCCGCCGCCUCGCAAUGGCCGUCACCCUUUUCCAAAUCGUCACGAUGAUCUUCGGCAUCUACGCAAACGCCUACGCCUACUUCGCGAAAAAGGCCGGCCUCCACUGUGAGACUCCGUGGGAGAACAUCUACAUCUCCGCUCUCAUGCACCUAUCAUACUUCCUGCUCCUCCUCAAAUUCUUCAAAGACGCCUACUUCAGAAGCUGCAUCAACAAGAUGAAGACCUCUGCCGCCAAGGGCAAAGACAUCGGGGAAGAACUCACGGAUUACCUCAAAAUCAAUUGA